GGAUGAAGAUGUUGAAAAGGCCAUCAAGGUGUCUCUGGAAACAAUGAAGGAAGACCUUUCAAAACAAUCAAAAAGUCCAGUCGAGGAAAUGGAACAGGAGAGCCCUAAGAUUGUGCAUGAUGAAUCCAACUUUCCAACGUUAGGAAACAUGGUGCCAACUGGUAGAUCCCACACACCAACAGAAGACAUUAUCAAGGAUCAAUCAAUAGCUCACAAACUAGCCAAGGCUAAUAACAUGUCUGUACAGCAUGGUCGCCUCGGAAUGGCGGACUUUCCCACUCUGGGGCAGUCUAGUGGAGGGCUUGCAGAGCCACCUAAACCUUUUGUGUCAAAGAAAAGCAAACAAGAACCACGUGCUGAAGUUCGUAAAGCUGUUACCACUGUCUCAAAUAAGAAUCGACCUAGUUCUGUGCAAUCAUUGAAAAAAGAUGACUUCCCAGAAUUACCAACUGCCAAAAAUCACUUGUCAAAUAACACAACGAAAGCUGGAUCAUGGGGAAUUCAGCCUCCUCCAAAACCUCGCUCACCUGUCCAACAACACAAAGACAUUACAAAUAAUAUUAAUGUGACAUUAGGCUCAAAAGUUAGUAAAUCUAAACAAUAUAAUGUUCAUCCUUCUAAAAGAGUACUUGUAGAUGAUAAAGAAUUUCCCUCACUAGGAAAUACACCUCCAUUGAACAUGGAAUGGGGGAGAUCGAGCACGGAAAGUAAAAAACAACAACCAAAUAAGAAAAUUGAUUGGUUUGAUAUUGAUGGAAAAGAAUACAGUAUGAAUAAUUUUAAGAGUGACAAAGACACUACACAUAAUGACACUGCAAGUAAAAGUAAGAAAAAGAAAAAGAAGCAGAAAGGUGUCGUUGAAUCAAUAUCUACUAACACUAAUUCGUCAUCGUUGGGAGAAAAUGCUACUUUAGAUAUCAUUGCAAACUCCUUAAUCUCAAUGAAAAGUAUACCAGAUUCAACUGAACAGCAAAAACUAAAGGAAAACAAAAAACCUGUGUCAGUAAAAGAUUCAAGGGACAAUAAGCAAGCUAGUGAUGAGGAAUUUGAAGGAUACCCAGUGGUCAGUGUUAGCGAAAAAUACGAUCCCAAGGAAAAUGCCAGUGCAGCAGUUGUCCAAAAUCAUUCUACUUUCAAUAAAUUUGAUUUAUUGGAUUCAGAAAAUUUCCCUGGACUGGAAAACGGUGUGCCCAAGUCACGUGCUCUUCAAAAGUCUCACAAAGAGAAAGCUAAUGUACUAUUGAACGAAGAAGAGUUUCCCCAACUUGGUGGUAACAAGAAAUCGAAAGCUCCGCCUGGCUUUUCAAAGACACCAGUACCUACCUCCCCACCAGGGUUCAGUAACCAACCAGUGUCUAAAAAACCACCACCUGGCUUUGGAUCGUCUGUGAAGUCGGACUCUGUCAAGCCGGAGAUCCUAGAUCUUCAUGCCAUACAGGAAAGUUUGACUUUGAAGACAAUGGUGCCGAUGUCGGUCAAUGUGGGAAACUUUCUGUAUACACCACUUGAAGAUGCUCAGUCACGCAAUCACAAGCUGAUUUCAGAUAUCCGAAAUCAUGCACAGGGCAACUUUGACAAGUUCAAGACCUGGGCUGGUGAGUUUCGAAAUGGAAAGAUGCUGGCUGCAGAUUAUUAUGACAAAUGUGAAACUCUGCUUGGGAAGGAAAAUUUUACAGAAAUAUUUCCUGAACUUCUUGCUCUUCUUCCUGACAUCAACAAACAGCAAGAGCUUUUGUCAAUGUACAGUAGUAUGGGGUCCAUAAAGCAGCGUGAUAAACAUGGCCUGUCACACAAGGGAGGACAAGGGAGGAAGGGGGGAUGGGAAGUACCCUCCUCUUUUUCUGUAUGUCCUACAUGUAGACAGGUACUACUCCAAAAAGACUACAACCAUCAUACAUCUAUGCAUGAUGCCAGUUCAGACUUUCCUUCCCUGUACUCGGACACUUCUGCCAGGCCAGUAGGUCCUGGCCUCAAAGAAUGGGUAAGGGCAAAGUAAAAGUGAACAGCAUUAGGAAUCACGUCUUUUCAUUGAAAAGCUGUGAAAGUGAUUCUAGGAAACUACUUGAAGACUUUCAUUUGAUUAUUAUGCUUGCAUCCAAGUUUUAGUUGUUGAGUUUGAAUUACCUUAUGGUUUUUAGCCUUGUAAAUAAAGAGAUGUUUUCGGAUAUGAUGACUACGGAAGGUCACAUGAGUCGGACUUCUUGUGAAAUAAGGAGAGGUUGUAUCAGGGCAUGCAUGCAAGGUUAAUGCCAUUUUUGUGCCCUUUAAGGCUUUUGUUAAAAUCAUUUAUUUAUUUGUACUUCUGCUGCUUCAGAGACUGUAUCUAUUUUAAAUUAUGUGAUAAUAUAUUGAUACCAGAUCCUUUACCUGUGUUACAAAAUAUCUUAAUGUAAUUAGGGAAAGAUUUUUCGAAAUUAUUUCCAGGAUUUUGUCAUUGUCAGGUGUCGAGAUUCAAAAAUAAUUUAUUGUAAUGGUCGAGAUUUACAUCAUCUUUGAUAAAUAUAUUUCUUAUACGCUUUCCAGUCAUGAAUGACAAUACAUUGUGUAUAAAAUACGUGAAUUCAUACAUGCAUGAAAUACUUACGUUAUACAAAUUGUUGAUCUGACAUUUGAUAAGUGAUAAGAGUUCUUGGAGUUAAGGCCCUUGACUGACCUGUCUUUCCAUCUGUAUGUAAAGAUAUGUCUUUUUCCUAUUAGAAACUGGAAUGCACUUAGGUUAAGUUUAUCAAUUCUGAGCUAUAUCAAAGCUUCCCUACUUAUGAAAAAGGUGUCAUUUUUUGGUCUGGUACAUAGAAACUUAUCAAUUUUUCUCUUGUUUUAAUUAAAAGUAUAUUUAUGCUCAGGGGAGCAUAUAGUCACUGCCUUGUUUCUGAAGUUAAAGUCGAGAUCUUGAUUGUGUUUUGAUUUACAGUUUAUUCUGUAACUAAAACUAAAACACGUUAAAGAUAUUUACAUCCAGCAACAAUCACUGACUCUGGAAUAGGACCAAGUAUUAAAUGCCCAAAUAUUUUUGUCCUAUGUCCUUUUAAUUUAAUGGAGAUUACACGAAACAUAUUUUUUAAACAGUACAAAGAAAGUAUGAAUUUUGUUUCAAUUAAUUCUAAGUGUUUUUUCAAUGUAUUCUCUAUCACUUCAUCUUACAGUCUCUAGCUGUGAUGUUUUUAGUAUUGACCUGUUUUUGAUUUUUCAAUCUGUAAUAAACUUAAGUUGAAAUACAAGAUUAAUUGUAGACUUUGUAUAUGCUUUAUGUCUUAUAGCAAAUAUGCACAAGUUAAUUGAUAUCUUAUUUUAGAGAAUUUCUAAUUAAAGCCAAACUAUGGUUAAUAUAAUUCAAACUUUCUAGUUCGGAUAUAGUGGACUCAGAUUGUACAUUGUAUAUUCACAAUUUAUGUACAAGUUCUAUAAAUCUAAUUGUUGGGUAUUCAAAAACAGUUCCCCGAAAUGGAUCAUGCUAUCAUUUGCUUAUAACUAAGGUAUUCUAUAGUGAUAAGAGUUGGUUGCCAAUGAAACGUCUACUUGUAAUCAGUACUAUCAUUAUUCCAUGGAAUUUAAUUGCUGUUUUGGAAUUUGAAAAGGAAAUAAAAUUUAUUAUUUAUAUUUGAA